AUGUUUGAAGAUAUUGAAGCAGAUAAUUUGGAUGCACCUGAUGAUGGCCCAGACAGCCCACCGCCUAUCAACUUUUCCCAUGUUCACCCCCACCCAGACAGCGAAACUCGUUGUGUCACCAUUGAAGAAGUUGAGGAUGAUGGCGGGACACAAUUUGGGCAUUAUUUCGAACCUAUACCAGAUGCUGGAUGGGCACUGCGUGAGGGAGAGACAAAAUUUGAAGGAUAUAGGAGAUAUCAAGAGGAAGAUGGCGAGGAUUCAUAUUCUCCCUUUGAAAACGCGGAAGAGUGGGAUUUGGCCCAAUGGCUCAUUAAAAAUGUUGGUCAGACACAGACUGAGGAGUUUUUGAAGUUACUAAUAACACAAAACCAUACAAAACUCUCAUUUCAUAACAACCGCUCAUUCUUGCAGAAGAUUGACGAACUUCCACAUGAACCAGGAUGGAGUUGUAGGAAGAUUAUUGUGCGUGGUAACCUUGAAGAUGAGAAUGAAGCACCAUUGCAAGAAGAGCUUGAACUUUGGAGCCAUGAUCCUGUAGAGUGUGUCAAAGAGCUUAUCAGCAACCCUUUCUUCAAGGAAGAUAUGGCCUACUCACCUGCCAGAGCAUAUGCAGACUGCACAGGGCAACAUAGAGUGAUUGAUGAGAUGUGGAUGGCUAACUGGUGGGGCAAGACUCAACAAAAAGCCCUGCCCAAAGGUGCCACAAUAGUACCAAUUAUUCUAUCAUUGGACAAAACCAGCUUAUCGCAGUUCAAAGGAGACAAGUCAGCAUGGCCUGUGUAUAUGUCUAUUGGCAAUAUCGCUAAAGCAAAAAGGCAUCAGGCAUCAGCACGAGCCACAGUGCUUAUUGGUUACUUACCCGCAGGAAAGCUAGACUGCUUCACUUCUGAUGUGUGCUCUCUGGCUGGAUACAGACUCUUUCAUCAUUGCAUGGCCCUACUCCUCCAUACUCUCAUUGCUGCUGGACAAAACAGAGUCAAAAUGGUGUGUGCGGACUCGCUGUGUUUGGUUUCCUGUUGUAAAGAGAAUCAGUGUCCCAAGUGUCUGGUGGCAGCGAAUGAGCGAGGCAAUGGAUUCGAGUCUGCGUUGCACGAUCCAGAGUCAACAAAAGAUAUUCUAGAAAGGCGCAAUAUUGGUCAGCAUCCUCCAGAAUUUGAGGAGAAUGGUCUACGUGCGGUUUAUAAACUGUUCUGGGCCGAAAUGCCUCAUGCCAACAUUUUCCUGGCUUUCACCCCCAAUCUUUUGCAUCAAAUCCAUAAAGGCAUGUUUAAAGACCACCUCGUGAAGUGGUGCAUCAAUAUUAUCAGGGAAGAUGAGAUGGAUGCAUGA